UUCUUCGUCAUCUUCUCCAUCGUCUUCGUCCUCCUCCUCCUCCCCGCGAGAGAAAAAAAGAAGAAGAAGAAGCGGAAUAGAAGAUUGAAGAUCUUCCGAGUUCGGCGAUUCUCAGUCGUGUGCACUGUGCAGUGCGAAACCAGUCGAGAUUCAGAGGGGCCUUGGCUUUCGGGGAGGCUUCUGAUUGACGCGCCGGUCUGCGAUGGUUCAUCUUCCCGGAAUGGCGGAUACGUGCCGGAAGGGGAAAGUCAAGUUCGAGGUCGACGACGGGGUCGAUCAGGACCAGUUCGCCCCCUCCGACAAGCGGCCGAGGCUGGGCUUCCCUCUACAGAAUGAUUUAGUCAGUGGCGAUAUAUUCGGAAUCCCUCCAGCAGUGUACAAUCCACUGAGUGAGCCUAGCCCGCUGGGCUUGCGGCUUAAGAAAAGUGAAUCCUUCGUGGAGUUGGUCCAAAUGAAGCUCACUGAAGAACACACUUCGAAAUCAUCCACUUCAGGCAAUAAAACUCACAAAGGAGUUGCUACCGAUAAGCUCAAGGCCUCCAAUUUCAUUGCUUCAGUUCUCAAAAUUGGCACGUGGGAGUAUAGGUCAAGAUAUGAGGGUGACUUGGUGGGAAAAUGUUACUUUGCAAAGCAUAAGCUCGUUUGGGAAGUUCUUGAUGGUGCUCUUAAGAAUAAGAUCGAAAUUCAGUGGUCAGACAUUGUGGCCAUCAAGGCAAAUUAUUCUGUCGAAGGAAAUGAUAACCUAGACGUAGUGCUGGCAAGACAGCCUCUUUUCUUUAGGGAGACAAAUCCACAACCUCGGAAGCAUACACUGUGGCAGCCAACAUCUGACUUUACCGAUGCACAAGCGAGCAUACACAGGCGCCAUUUUCUGCAGUGCCCGCAAGGACUACUUGGGAGACACUUUGAAAAGCUCAUUCAAUGCGAUCCACGUCUCCAUUUUCUUAGUCAACAACCGGAGAUAGUGUUGGAUUCUCCAUAUUUUGAUGCCAGAAUUUCUUUGCUGGACAAGAAUGGACCAAACCUCCCAGGGCUAAGUGUGGAAGCAUCUUCCUUGUUUGCUAUGGCUCAUGUCACUUCACCAACUGCAAGCGAAUCAUGUUUAACAAAGAGAGAACAACAGGAUUUUGUUGGCACAGCUCCUGAUAAUUUCUUGUGGAGCACAUCUUCCCCCAGCUCUGUGGUCGAUAGCCAUGCUGUUGAAGAAAUUGGAAAGGCACAGAAACUAUGCGGCCAGAUAAAAGUACCUGGUUUCCACCGCUCAAUGUCGGUGAGUGACUUGGUCAGUCACAUUGGGCAUUGCAUUACAGAACGAAGGGCAGCUGGGGAUCCACUCAUUUCUGGUGAGCAACUACAGAGCACGGAUAUUAUGGAGGAUUUAACCAGAUACUUAUUUAGUGACUCGCAAGUUUCACCCUCAGAUGAACGGGCUUUCUUGUCGAGGGUCAAUUCGCUUUGCAGUCUUCUCCAGAAAGAUGAUACAACCGCAGGAUAUGUGCAAACCACAAAAAAAGAUGACGACAUGGAUGUGCAAAAUGACAGCACUGCUCCUGCACAUGAGGUUGCGAUUACUGAGGAACAAUGUGGAUUGGGUGCGGAGCCGACGAACGAGUCGACACGUCCAAAGAGACAUGACUCUGUUGGUGAACUGCUGCUUGAUCUUCCAAGAAUAGCCUCUCUACCUCAUAUACUGUGGGAGGAUUCUAAAAAUCAAAGAAGGUAAGAGUUGGCAGGCAUGAUCUCGAGUUCCAGGAUUCCGAGAUUCAGAAUUGAUGAAGAAUCCGCACCUUAAUCUUCAGAAAUAGGGAGCCUAGACUUUAGUUUUCUUUUUCAAUGGGGUCCUACCUUUCGGCCUCUGAAUGGGAUUGCUUGUUUGUGUUUAAUUUAUUUUGCGUUUGACGUGAAGUGCCAGCUUUCUGGGGCAAUUCUGUGCCUGAAAGUUUUCCAUGUUGAAGUUGAUUGCAGUUUCACUCAGAUGGAGUCGUUGUAGUGUUUGCCGGAGUUUGGAACAGAUCUUUACAUUUCGGAUGGCGUAUAUUCAAAGGUUUUAGGGCCACAGGUGACUUCAUGAAAA